AUGGGUGGAUCGAGUGGACGGGGCCGAGUAUCUGGAACGCAAUUCGAUCAUUUUUUAUAUAAAAACGGAUUGACAACAAGUGAAGUUUCAGAGAUUUUGUGGUCUUCCUUAGCUGCGAAUCGGGUUCAAGCUUGUGAUGGAGAGCGAGUGACUUUGCAUUGUCCUCGGCACACUCAUAUCCACGUGGAUACAGGUUUUUAUGGCCGAGUGGUUCCCCCAUCGGAACUCUGUCCAUCAAGACGGCCUCUUUCCCCCACUCCAUCUUCAUCAUCCUCUCUCCUUCACUCGCAUUCACUCACCUGUGAUGUCAUCCAUGCGAAAGCGAAACUCUCCGAAUUCUGUGACAAACGCCGCAAGUGUACUAUCGUUGUUCAAGCAUCAACGUUUGAAGAGGAUCCCUGCCCGGGAAUCGGAAAAUAUCUACAAAUGAGCUACAAAUGCAGACCAGUCUCCUUCGAAACAGCCUCUUUCUGCGAGGGUGAACAAAUGGGAAUCGAGUGUCGAGAGGGGAAAAAGUUGAGCAUUCAAUCAGCUACAUGGAUCAAAGGCUCAUCCGAUGGGAAAUGUUUAACCGAAAGCGGCUCCAGUCUCUCAAAAGAAAUCCAGAAUCGAGGUUGUUCUCGAGACGUCCUUCUCGAAUUGCUGAGAUGUCAUGGACAGAGUCAAUGCUCAAUGCCGCUCACCGAAACGCAAUUCGGAAAGGCAAAAUGUUUUUCGAAAGCCUUGUACUCACUUCAUGUCUCAUUUGUUUGCGUAAACGAUGAGAUAUUCAGUGAAGAGACGCUAAAAGGAGAACUCGAUUACAGUUUGAAUAAAAAGUACAUUGAGGGCUCUGGAACUGAAUGGGAAGAUGUAAAAGAAGAAAGAAAUCAAAGAAUUCAUCAAUCAUCAAUCAUACAAUCGUCCAAGAGAUCAGAUGAGAAGAAACGAGAUGAGAAAACUUCAUCGCAAGAAAAAUCAAAUUCUUUGAGACAAGUACCGAUUGUUGGCCUCGGAGGGCUGGCAUCGGAAAAGCUGAAAGAAGCCAUUGAACCGAAAGAGAUCACUGUUGAAGAACAUAUUGAGCAUUCAAUGAGUGACCUCUUCUCACCUUCACAAUCCAGAGGCUCAGGGCCUCGAAUCUCUGAAGAACCUCCAGCUUUGCUUAGUGAUUCCGCUGUUAAACCGGUCGUGGAAGAAGUCGCUCGUGAACACCCAAAUCUUGUCGGCAUUGCACAUGACGUUUUUCUAAUCACGAAAUUUUUUGGGGAACAUGGAGAAGAGACACUUUGGGUGAUUGGGAUCGCGAUCACUUUGUGUGUCUGUUGUCCAUUAGCGUUUUGCCUCUGCUUGUGCAGAGCCUCCAAAGUGAAGAAGAGCAGCUCUGAUGGGAAACUCCGAUAUUCGAUUGAGACGAGUCAACUUUUCGCUAAGGGCAGUCAAAUGCUUGACGGCCCGUCCCAUCUCGUUGAUAUCGGCGAUCUACCUGAGGAGACUUUCAUUCGAUACUCGGCCCCGUCCACUCGAUCCACCCAUAUGCACUAUGAUUUU